UCGGUCCUCUGUAUCGAACUUACUAUCUCACGUUCAUGAUUUUAAGAUUGGGUGUCUAGUUUUCAUCUUUAAAUAGUAUAUUUUAGCUAAAACGCCGCUAUGUUCCUCCACUAUCCAAAUCUCACAUAAAAAAAUCCUUCUUCUCCCAUCUUUGCUCCCCUUUGUCACGGUCAUUAACGAGGAAAAAAAAAAACGACGUUGAAAGAAAUGUUGCAUUCAUUCACCUCACAAGAUGGAGAAAGGACAAAGAUGCCAAAGAACAGGAUUUCAAACUGACAGCCCACGAACACGCUCUAUAAACAAACAUGGCCGCCUCUCCUCGUACAGAUACCUAAAAACACUUCAUACUACAACUAUGGAUCGGGGCAUCUUGGGGCACUGAGCAAGCAGGGUGUAAAUGGGGAAAGAAUAUAGCUACACCAUUUUGAGGAGGAAGUUGCAUCUGGAUAAAACGUAAAAAAAAAUUCCCUUUUUUUGUUUGCCAUGCCCAUGAAGAGAAGUGUUUAGAACAAAAAAGGAAAAAUCAACUUUGAAGGCUUGUCAUAAUGCCAAGCAGUUGUUCAUAUAUUUGUUAAAUUUUGCAGUAUAUUUAUUGAAAUCCAUGUUUCUUGUUAUGAAUCUGUUCCUUGUAUCAGGUUGUCAUUUAAAAUAUUUGUGAUUUAUGAAAUUCCAUGUUAUUUGUUGCAUAGAUUUAUUUGAAAAAUGCUGAUAGAUAUAUUUUCUUCCUAGGGAAAAUUUUUAUGUAAGUUAAUACCCACAAUGUCAUUCAACACAGGAGAGGAAUUUUACUUAUGCACGGUAUGUGGAAAGAAAUUCCGUCGAAAAAGCUGUCUCAAAAUGCACUCAAGAAUACAUGGUGCAAAGAAAUCUUGUUUCUGUGUGAUGUGUGCUGAAACCAACAAGCAUAAUGAUGGCUCUAGUAAAAUGCUACACAGUAUAAAGAAAAAGCGAAAAACUCAGCUCUCAGACAGUAAGAAUAUUACUGCAAAUGGUAAGUCUGUUUUUGCAAGUAAAAAAGCUGGUUUAGCAACUGAGCAGCAAGGUUUGUUAGCAAAUAAAUGUGUAACACAAGAUGAGCAUGCUUUAGUAAAUAUUGGCUGUGUUUCCCCAAGUAGAAAAUCCACCUCAUCCAAUGCAAGAUCUCUUUCUUUGAACAAUAAGUCAGUUCUGGUCACUGGAAAGUCUGUCUCAUCAAAUAGAAACCCAGAUUCAUCAAGUGGCAAAUCCAUCAUAGUCAGAGGAAAAAUAACUGAAAAGGCUGUUCUAUCAAGCAGGAAGGCAGCUUCAGAAAGGGAUAGGGGUACCAUCAGAGGUAAAAAGAAUGCAAUACCCAACGGAACACUUGUUUUGGAAACCCAGACGGCAAACAAUGGCGAUAGCAAUCCUCUUAUGGCAAAUUUUAGAGACAAUUUCAAAUGGUUUUGUACAAAAUCUGCAUAUAAAAGUUUUCAGAAAAUUAGUAAUCAGUUAGUCUUAAACAUGAGUAACAUAACUAGGAAUAAUGAUUUGAAUAACAAAAUAAUUGGAUGCCGAGACACUAUGAAGAAUGAUAUAAGAAAAGAACCAUGUAAUAACCAUUGCAAGUGUAGAAUAUGUGGAAAAUCCUGUGGUUGUGACAGUAUUUUAAAAGAUCAUAUGAUUGUGCACUUGGAUAAGAAACUUUAUAGUGGACUGAAAUGCUGGAAGGUAAAAUUGGAAAGAUUGGAAGUAUGAAGAAUAUGACAUUUAUUUGAUAGUUACAGUUUCAAAGAACUUUAUGUAUGUACUGUUUUCUCUUUGUUAAUGCCGUGUAAUGCACAUUUUCUUGGUUGUAUGUACAUGUUAAGUACAUACAAUAAUGCAGAAUAUUUUUUUUUUUUUUUUAAUCUAUCUAUGUAUAUGUUUUCUCUCUCUCUCUCACACAGACACACACAUGCACACGCACGCACCCCCCCCCCCCCCCCC